UCAUUAAUUAAUAGUAAACUUUACGUCUCUUAUUUUUUAAUAUACGGGACAGUCAAUAUUAGAUCUAGUGUGAUGUUCCCGUAUACGAUCGCGGGAUACGUUGAAUAUGAGCAUUUCCAAAAAUCCAUGGGAUUCUACGGUGUUGCAGGGAAUUUCCGUUGGUUCGAUUGAUACAGCUGUUGCUCUUGCUAGAAGAACAGAGCAUCUACCUCCUCACGGAGAGAUUGAACGGGAAAGACGGAUGCCAUCUUUGCGCAUGAUCAGACAACAGAGAAAUAUCACAAAGUUGAAAAAAGAGAUGAAUGCUCUAGAACUGGAGAUAAAGGAUAGGCAGUGGGAUCAGACAACUGCUGACUUAAUUCACCUUGAUGUGUUAGAAAAAAGGACCAGGAAACUGGAGGAGCUCUCUUCUCAACUCACAGACACGUUGCAAAAGAAGGAAGAGUUAGUUAUGAGAUUGAGAGAACCGUUUACAGGAGAUCAUAUUGAAAUGGACGCCAGUUGUCACAAACAUGCGGCAAGGUUAUUUACUGCAAUGGGACUUUCUGUUACGAAUUUGGGACAUCACUUGGAAGACGUGAGUUGGAUCAGUGAAGCAGCAAUGAUCAGCCAGGAACUCAAUAAAACAUUGAAGGAUGUGUCGUCUCAUCUCACUCAGUAUCAGACUCGAUUCAAUGAACUCAUCAAGUCACGUCAACUGCUCCAAGAAAUGCAGAAGAAUGGAUCUUACAGAAAUACAUAAGUACAGAAAAUAAUCUGUUUCAGAGGACCGAUCAAGACCUCACUUAAUUAACCUCACUACAUAAAUAGGAAAUAUCCAAUCAACCCACAGCAAGUCAAGAACUGUUCAUAUAAACCUUGCAACUGUGUAAAAAC